AUGGUUCUAGCUGGUCUAUCAAUUCAUGAACUGCAAACAGGAGGCUUCAACCCCAAUCUAUUCAACGGUAUUGAGAGUGCUCUAGCAUUUACGUCAGUAGCAACCACAAUUGUCACUACAUCCCUGAUUGGUUAUCGUAUACAACGUCAUUUUCGAGAAAAUAGAGCGUCAGGGUCUAAUGGCACAUUUAAGCACAUACUCAAUAUUGUUAUCGAGUCCGCUGCCAUUUAUUCCCUUCUCCUUCUCAUGGACGCCAUCUCCAUCAUUGUCCCUCCAUUCAACGAGCUUGGAACUCCGUGGGCCAACGUCGAGUACUAUGUGGAAUCAAUUCUCAUUGUGGUCGCGGGAAUUGCCCCUACAGUAAUUGUAGCGAGGAGUUCUGUGGCAAGACGAGCAGAAAAUGAUGCUUUUGCAAUUACCAGGGUGUCCGGACUUCGAUUUGAAUCUGCAGGAGGCAGAGUUCACCACGGACAAAACCCAUCGACGAUAGGGAGUGGGUCUUCAAACGACUCAGAAAUUAUUGUCUUGUCCUCGGAGGAUCCGGAAAAGCAAAGUAAUGGUACUCAAUCGACACUUUGA